UGAUGUUUAAAAGCUUGUCGUCGCUGUCAAACCUCUGUCCGUGUUGUUUUGUCGAGCCUCGGCAGCAGGCAGGACUCAUUAGAGAGGAAUCCCAGCAUAUGGCAGGCUGCUGGCGGCUCCCCUCCCCCUCCUGCCGUCCGCUCCGCAGCAGCAGCAGGACAGAGGUAGCUCAGUUUUUGAAGCCGUGGCAUGAAUGAUCUCAUCUGAACCUGAUCUCCGCUUUCCCUGCCGUCGAUCCUAUGACCGAGACGGGAAUAAAAUAACACAAACACGAGGUGAGUACGGCCACCCGAGCCGCCGCGGAUCGGCGUGUGAGAAACCGGGGGUAAUAACGGAGCGUUUGUUGUGUGUGUUUUUUUAGGGAACUUAACAGCCUGGCCGCGGAGAAAACUCUUGUUUUUGGCUAGAAAGGAGGAAGGACCGCGGAGGAUGGGUGGGUGGGCGCUCUUAGCUAAUUAGCCCGCUAGCAUUCCGGUUCUUUUAUAGACAACAAAAAAAUAUCCACAUAUGUGCCAGUAGCGUUUAGAGCUUCGACCGGGGCGUCGUUUUUUCCCCCGUUUCGGUGAACAUUUUUUUUAGCCCAGUUAGCUAGCGGCGGCCCGGUUAGCCUAGCUAGCUAGCUAGCCGGCUAGCUGUUAGCUACUAGCGCAAAAUGGCCUCAUUGUCGCUCGGUGGCUCUGAUGCUGAAAAGACAAAGCAUGCGGCAGUCCCGGCCAGCAGCCCCCGGCUGCCUCUCACAGCGACCCCACCGGGCCCGGUUUAACACCCGGGAGCGUGUUUUUAUCGUGUAAUGACCGGUAAAGUAUGUGAAAUGUGAGCUGCGGUGCUGUUAGGGCUGUUUGUUCAUUAUUACGGCGGGCUGUGAAAGUGGUGGGGGAUGGGUCAUGCUAGCAGCCAUUGACGUAAAGCGGAGCUGCAUUUUGUUUGGCUUCCUACAAGAAGCUAUUUACAUCUUUAACCUGUCUAACACUGUGUUUAGCAGCUCUGCCUGACCCUAUUUUACAUCCAUACAACUGUGCUAGUCUCCGGCUGCGUUAAUUCAAACCAGGUGAUUUUUCUUUUCGUUUUUUUUCCCCUUCAUUUCCUGGUGUGUGAUAGUUUUUGAACACCACAUAUGUCAGCAUUUUCUUGUUAAAUCUCGCAGGAACAGUGUGACAAAGUUCACCCUGAAGGCCCUAAAAUAAAAAUAAAAAACAGCAGGAGUGAGUCGGUGUAAAUGCAAAGAAUGUUACUAAGCAUCUGUGGCAGACAAAAUGGGUCAUUUAAAUACACAUAUUUGAGGUUUUGUUGGCAGCAUUGUGAAUGAUUGGUGCUUAGAACAGCAAAAUGGAUUUAUAACACUGAAAACAUGCAGGAAUUCAAUGGUCUCGCCUCUAUUUUACGUCAUAUUUUUGUUGAUGUAUUGUCUUUCUCAUUAUUGAGAGCAAUUAUUUUAAUCCAUCGUGAUUGAUUGUGAAUCAAAUCAACCUUUAAUGUUAUUUAGCUGUGCAUACAACUGUAGUGCAGGCAGAAUGAGAAGGCAUUUCACUAGGAAUCUAAUAAUAAUAAAAGGACAUAAUUUACAACACACAUAUAUACUUACACCUGAGAUGUAUUGCAGUUGAAAUUAAAUUGAAUUUUUUUUUUUUUGCCCGUAGAAAUUAAAUUUAAAUAGUGUCCAUAGUAGCAGCCUGGACUGUAUUAUAAUAGUUUAAAAAUAAAACUAAAGUGCAGUGGUACAACAAUUAUUCGAUCAGUUUUCAACUAUUACACGAAAUAGUCAGGUUGAGUAAUUUUCUAAUGCUUAAAUAUAAAUGCUUUGAUCGGAGCUUCUUAAACAUGAAUUGAAUUUCCUAAUAUAUUACAGUAAGUUGGAUAUCUUUUGGAUUUUAGACAAAACAAGGCUUUUGAGGAUGUCAUUUUGGGCAUAAAUCACUGUUUUUUAGGCAUUUUAAAUAAAGGAAAAACCGAAUAACUCGUCAAUAAAUUAAUCAGCGCUUUAAAAAUCAGCAUUAGUUGCAGCAUCUACAUGAUUUUUAUUUAAUUUGAUUUAGGCAAUAAAGAAAUUUUAGCUCAUUUUUGUUAUUAAUAUGUCAUUAUUAACAUUGUAUAUGCAGUGUUUUCAUAUAAUUUUCAGUUGAAUUUGAUGCCUCAAACAAACGUAUAUAUUAAAAAAAGGAUGUACGUUUGUUUACACUUUCUUUUGAGUAAAUAAACUACAGUUGCUAGUGUUGCCAGAAGGUGGCGCGAGAGGCUACAUGGAUGUAAUAAGCAGAGUAGAAGAAGCUAUAAACAAAAGCAGUUGUUUUUAUUUUCUGUCACAAAAAACCUCAAAGAACAGAAAAAUGUAAAGCUGUCUUUUUAAUCAGAAGCUAUAAUUUAUCUCGUUUUUUAAAUUAAAAUGUGUUUUAAUGUCGUGCUAUGUGCAGUAACUCUUUUUCCAAAAAAAUAUAAGCCACUUUAGGCAAGUGUAAGAGCUUAUUUUGCAAAAUCUGUUAAUUUUUUUCUCAAAUUUUUGCCAUUUUUAAUACUUUUUCCUAAUGCACAUAAAGCUAUUUUGAUUGAUUAUUUGUCUGCUCCAGAUGCCUAAUCAGAGUGAUAGAAAUAUAUUCAUUCCCAUUCUGUUUUUCUUACAGUAAUGACAGUAUAUAAAACAAAUAUUCACCAUUACUCUGUAGAUUUUUGGUGUUUAUAAUUACGUUUAUUUCCGAGUAGAAUCCUUGAGAUUUAACCCCAAAAUGCUAAACUAUUGGGUGUUCAAAAAAAAAAACCUGUACAAAGAAUUCUGUCAUGUCCAACACUGUUUUCUCUUCUCUGUGCAGCGUACUUUCUCUCAGGUUGUAGGUCUUCCUGGUUGUGUUUCAUUUCUGUUUUUUUUGUUUGUUUGUUUUCAUUUAUUUUUUUACACGCUGCUGUUGUUUUUCCUUGAAGGAGGAUAGCUCUCUGUAGUGUCUCUUGUUUAACAGGGGCCAGCCAAAAACGCACCACACAAAGAAGACAACGCCAUAAUUGUUUUCUCACUCUUUUGUAUUUUUAGAUCUCCGGGCACCUUCAUAAAUGACCUUUUUCCCCCCUUAUUCUGUCCACUGUCAGGAAACGUUGCUCUAUGCGAGCGAGGACUACAUUAGAGCCACUUCUUUUAGCGGUGUGGGUUUUUUUUUUCCUUAAAUGUGGUGCAGAUUUAGUCCACCGAUCGGUGGGGAAUAUUAUGUUGGGAUUUUAUGUGUAAAGGGUGAAAUAAAACUGGAUAAUUCUUGAUUAAAUGUGUGAUUGUAUGCUGCUUUAAUGUACAUGAAAGAGGUGUUUUAAGAUGCUGCACGAGCGCACAAUGUGUUAAUUUGAAGGUGGUAUGUAAUUUGCACAGAUUAUAGGGCCUCAGUUUGGCCUGGCAUCCCAAAAUGAAACAUUUAAAGAAACACAAGUUCUGCUUUUCUUGGUGCAGGGAGAUGGAGCUUUUGAUUUCUGAGCAGAAACGAGGGUAGUUUGUGCAAAAAUGAUGAACUCACUGCUGUUUGAUUUCUGUUCUGUAAACCCCAAAAUGCUGUAUCAGUAUUAUUCUCAUCAUCACUGUAACUCUGAUUGUACUGUUUGUGAUUAUUUGUAAAGGAAUGUAUCACAAAUAGGACUUUAAAGGAAGUGGAGUCAUUCACCCCAACGCCCUGCCCCACAGGUUUUACACUGAGGAGACACAGCCGGACGCUGCUAACUGUUUUACCGUCCGAUGGGGGCUGCUGCCGUUCAGAGCUCAGUCUCCUGUUCACUUGCACUUAUUCGGGGGAGUCGGAGGGCCUUAAACGCUGGCAGGAGUGUUGUUUUGUUCCUGUAAGACAUGUGUUGAAGUGGUGUUUAAUAAGGAAGAUGACUCUACUUUUCUUCCCCUCCUUCAGUGACGAGAAAGUGAAAAUCUUGUUCAACUAGUUUUUUGAAGCGUGGCGUCGUGUGUAGACCUGGAAACCUGAUACCCCCUGUAAACAUUAGUGGUUCAUGGUGGUUUAUUGUACUGUGAAUUUGUAAACAAAAUGCCAUUAUUUUUCACAUUCCUGUCACUUUUACCCCUUAAAAGCACCUUAUAUUGAUUAGGAUAUCCUUCUGAUUUUCUUGAUCACAGGUGGCAGUGGGUGAAAAAACUCUAAGUGCACUGAUCAUGUAACUUGAGUGCUGUUUUUGUUUUCUGACAAAGGUCUGUGUAGUCUGUGCUUACUUUGAUGCAGCGUCCGCAUUUAGUUGGUAACCAUGCUAUUUUCGGUGGCUCAGUGGUCUGUUAAAAGUGUGGUUGUUCCGCCCAGCAGGAGUCUUGCCUCAGACUGGCCUAAAAUGGGCAGAAAUGGUGCUGAACAAAAGCUGCUUGUCGCUCGUACAAAAGUACUUGAAGCGUUGCAGCCGGGACCAAGCUGCAUUUCUAUUGCCUGUGCCUCUCAACAGGAAAGAGAGACAACAUGUUCCCGAAGGGCACCAAGCGCAAGUUCUCAGACUCCGGGGAGGAGCCGGUCUCCGGGGGCGACCAGGGCCCUGCAGCUCCGUCUGCGGCCGCUCGGACGCUGUCGUCCUCGUACAGCCUGCAGCGGCAGUCGCUGCUCGACAUGUCGCUGAUCAAGCUGCAGCUCUGCCACAUGCUGGUGGAGCCCAACCUGUGCCGUUCGGUGCUCAUCGCCAACACGGUGCGGCAGAUCCAGGAGGAGAUGACCCAGGACGGCACCUGGCAGAUCAUGACCCAGGCGCUGGCGGCCGCCCAGUGCCCGGCCGACCGCCUGGUGGCCACCGAGGUGCUGUGCAGGCAGACUGAUGCGGCGGCUCAGGCCGGCCAGAGCCCCAAGCCCUUCUCGGUGGUGGGCCUGGAGGAGGGCUACCACUCGGAGGAGGUGGUGAUGGAAGGAGACGUGGAGACGGAGGUCACCAUGUCCACUUUGUCCCCCGUCUCCCCCCAGCUGUCCUCGGCUUCCUACCUGGCGGGGCCCUUCGGCAUGGGGCCCUGCUGGGAGGAGGAGGAGGAGGAGGACGGCGAGUGCGAGGAGGACGAAGAGGAGGACAGCGAGGAGUGUGUGUCGGAGGGCGAGGAGGCCGAGCGGGACCACCUAAGCGCAGACUCCAGGACAGGGGAGCAGGUUUUUGGGACUUUUGAGAUCAAGCACCCGGCGCCGCCCCCUGACCCGGCGCUGGAGGAACUGUUUUCAGACGUGGACCCGUCCUACUACGACCUCGACACGGUGCUGACGGGCAUGCAGAGCACCCCCAAAAUGGGGCCUUACGACCUGCUGGAGAGCCUGUCCUCCCACGGGCCGACGGCUCUGAGCUCCAGCUCGAGCUGCAGGUCGGACCUGAACGAACUGGACCACAUCAUGGAGAUCAUAGUGGGAUCCUGAAACUGCGAACAUUCCUCUGGCCUGUACUGAUCCCACGGACUCUUCCCAGACUAUGCACAGCUCGGCGUGUGCAUGUUCUGUGUGUGGUGUUGUUACGCUCGGAGAUUGCUGCGGGUUUUUGGGAACAAAAUGGGAAAUUAACGGCGAGUCGAGUGCACCACUGGUCAAAAGUUUUGAGACGGGUUCUCAUUUAUUUGAAUAAGAAAAUGUCUCAAAACUUUUGACCAGUAGUUCAGAGCGUGGGCCGUUAGAGUCCGCCUCCUCUAACGGCAAGUUGGCAGCUGCAGUCGGGGACCUUUAGUGUUUGAUCCAAACGAGUAAUUGGCAGUUAAAGAUUGUGAAAUUAACGAAUCGGGGGUGGGGGGGUGGGGUGUAGCGGCAGCACAGUUAGUUUCCCACUUUGUUGCUGAACUCUGAAACUCGACAAGAUCUGUGAGAAGGCAAAGAUAAUUACCUUAUACCAUGAUGCAUUCUUAUCUACGUACUUUCCAUGUUUACGUCUGUCAUCCAUUCUGUCUUACUAGCUCCUUCUGGUCGUUCUGUCCAUCUCUAUUUAUUGUUACAUGGACCGAGGAACAACUCGUCACACUACACGCAUCGCAAAACCAGAACAAAUUGUAAAUCCAAAUCUAUGAAUCAAUGCAUAUUUUCCUAGAGAUUUGAGCAAUUAUGAAUGGAAUAUAUGUAUAUGUACGUAUGUGUAUAUAGAAAUAUAUUUUUUGCAUUAUACAGCUGGGGGAUUUUUUGCAAGCACCAUUUGAUAUUAUUUUUUUUUUUCCUUCCCUCCCAAGCGGUUUUUAAGAUUUUAAUGUAGCCAGACUCGAGACAGUGUCUUCCCAUGGUUUGGUAUAACAAGUCGACUGUAACCGGUAACGGGUGGCCGGCAUCGUCACUCUGUCCAGGCGCUGUUCCUUUUCAUUUCCUUAAAAGCUUUACGCAGGGCGGGGAAGUGACUGUCGGAUAAAUCGGUCAUCUCCCUGCUCUGCUUUCAGUACAGAUCCAAUAACAGUAAUAAUAAUAAUAAGCAGCAGCAGCUUUUUUCCUUUUUUUUUUCCCUUAAGCAUUUGGAGAAACCCCGGGGUGAUAACUGCAUCAAGAAGAAGCCAUAUUUCUUUCUGGAACUCUGUGUGUUAACCCAUCUAAUUUAUUGUUGUUUUAUUUAUUGUAUUUAUUGUAUCUAGGUACAGACAUGCCAUAUUGACUCAUCGAUUCAACCAUGAGGCCCGGUGAAAUUAUAUUUACCCAAAUUUUGCCCUCGGUUUUGAAUGCAGUACCUAUUUAUUCCUCUCUCUUUUUUUUUUUUUUUAAUAAUUAUCAGUAAUAAUAAUAAUAACAACCGGGUUACUAUUCAAAUUUACUAUGCAGCUCUGUCAUACGUGUUUCAAAAUGACUGUAAACAGCUCGAAAGUCCUUUAAUUCCUUUUAUGCAAACAGUUGCCUUUUCUCCUGAAUACGUGGAAAAAUCAAAUGCAUUUUUCAAAAACAAAAAAAAGUCGCUUAUCGUCAUGAUGAAGAGAUUAACUCAGGCAAACAAGAUGUAUUGACUAGAAUACAGUAUUACGACACGCUUGAUACCUUACCACAACACUCCUGAAGGAUGUCACUCUGGUCUGAAUGGGAGCUAGAACUUCAAAGACUAAUUAUCGUUGUAAAAUGUAUGCAUUUUUAUAUUGAAAACAAAAAACAUUGUAGCAUCUUUGUAAAUAUUUUUUAUAAUAAAAGGUGCAACUAUUGAUUA